CAUCCUGAGUCUGAACCCGGAAGUUGGGGAUGCUCUGAGAUCCAGAGAGAGCCUGAGCUGCAAAGGAUUCUGGGAGAGAUUGGGCGAUGCAGAGUCUCGGCGUCCCCGGCCUGGAGCCCUUCCUUGUGGAAAAGGCCCCUCGGACUGCGUAUUACAUCCCAGAUUACAUCAGCGCGCAGGAGGAGGAGUACCUGAUACGCCAGGUGUAUAAUGCCCCCAAACCCAAAUGGACCCAACUGUCCGGACGGAAGUUGCAGAAUUGGGGGGGUCUCCCUCACCCUCGGGGGAUGGUAUUAGAAAAGCUGCCCACCUGGCUUCACACCUACACCGAGAAGGUUUCCUCUCUGGGAGUCUUUGGCGGCGAAUCCGCUAACCACGUGCUGGUCAACGAGUAUAAGGCUGGAGAGGGCAUAAUGCCUCACGAGGACGGGCCUUUGUAUUAUCCCACCGUUACCACCAUCAGCUUGGGGUCACAUACUCUCCUGGACUUCCACCUUCCCGUGGACCGGGGUGGUGCCAACGACCAUGACCAGGUCAGUACGUCGGAGGAGCAGCGCCACGUCGCUUCCCUCCUGCUGGAGCCACGGAGCCUCCUUGUGCUGCGUGAAAACCUGUACACGGAUUAUCUCCACGGAAUACGCCCGCUGACUGAGGACGCACUGAGCCACGCCGUGGCCAACCUCAAUCAAUGCACUGCGCAGGCCGGGGACACGCUGCAAAGGGGGACGCGGGUGUCACUCACGAUUCGCCAUGUCCCCAAAGUCCUGAAGACCUCGCUGUUCCUUGGGAAGGGGAGAUGAGAAGAUGCGAAUGUAUACAGGAACCGCGUUAUUUGGCCGCUACGGACUAAAUGGAAACAAGCCACACCCCCGAGGAGCGGAUGCCAGGAACAUUCUUAAUGCUUUAUUUUAUUCGAGUCCAGUAAGUUUUGGGCAAAAGGAGCAGGCGGGAUAGACGGUGGAAAGAAUUGUAUUUUUAAUAAAGGAGGGCUCAUGAGAAGGAAA